CAGUAGACGAGAUUUGCUCCUUCAACAUGGCACAGCCUCUACUCACACGAGAUCCUGAAACUCAACUUCUCAGUGUCAACUUUGACGACAAGGUAAAGAGAAAUCACUCAAACAUACUGCUCAUUGAGAUUUUAUUUGUAGGUUAAAAAAUUAAAAGAUGUUAAUUAUCACACAGUUUCAUAUUCUCUUCUGCCAUCAGUAGGCCCCUAAUUUUAACUAAACAUUCUCCAUGACUGCAUUAAAGUCCAUUUGUUAUCAAUUUCUUGAACACAAUUUAAGCAGGAAUUUUUACGUUUUGGCAUAAAAUAUAAGGAGAAAUGACAUGAUUUUUGAUGAUUAUUAUUUAAACAUUAAUAUUUAUAUACUUAUUUUAAUAAGAAUCUAAAAUUGGACUGUCAAAAUACAUAAUUCUCUAUGUAACAAUGUCACUAACGCUACCUGAUAGCACUGAUUUCAUUAAAUAAAAUUGCAGAUAACUGCGCUAAAUGAGAUUCUUAAAAAUAUUCCAAGUGUGUGAUAUUUUCCUUUGUUUUAUGGAAUUAAUCUCAAUUUAAAUAUGGUGUUAUAAAUCUGCGGUAUAAAAUGGGGUGGGACAUUAGAAUAUUAAUAUAGUUCAGGGGCAUGAAAUAGUAUGGUUGUGAAACUUGGAGGGUGGGGAGCACUAAUUGGAAUUCUUAUAAAGCAUAUUACUUGAGUGCAUGUUUUGUAAAGAUACUUAAGUAGAUGGGAAGUUCUUGCAUUCUGGUUGCCAUUUUUGUCAGGCUAUAUAGCUGGUUUGAUAAGAUUACAUUUCUACAAUUCAGAUUCCAGCCAGUAAAAUCUGAAUAAAUUUUCCAUUUUCUCAGCUCAUUCAUUUUCAGCAUUUUUUAAUGGACUUAAUUAAUAAAAUAUGACAAGUUGUUUUCUUUUGACUUGUUGCAGUUGGUGGCUGUACUAAAAGAAAUGAAAUACCUGAAGCUCCGUAAUAAAGAACUGAUUCCGGUGAUCCCAGAGGGAGUAUUUGAGAAAAGGGACAUGCUCUUCAAAUACUAUGCCAACCUGAUGCUCAUUAUGCAGCUGUACAACAAGCUUAUCACAGACUCGCUGCCUGUUGAAAAACCCUUGAUCGCUCCACACUUGCUGAAGAUUGACCAGCACGUUGAACAGGCCCUGACCACUCUAGCCUGGGAAAUGCAGGGUUAGUUGGUCUAUGGGUGCUGAGAAAGUACUGCAGCCCUCUUUAUUACUGUGUGAUGAAUUCUUUUAAUUGAGGGAUUUUCCUUAAAGAUACUUUUGUGGAACAGGGGCUUUAGUAACUUGGAGUAGGAUUUGUGGGGUAAGAAUAAAAUUUACGCACGUAAGCCUCAAAAGGUUCAUCAACAUUUGGACUCCAACUCUAGAACUCUCUUUUUUUGGGGACCAUGAAAAAUUUUAAUUUAUUGUUAAAAUGUGUGUGGAUUUCUUUGCCAGAUUCAUAAAAUAUAUCACAAGCAUUAUACUGCUAAGAAAUUUAAAAGUUGAAAGAUACAGCUACAUUUUAAAAGCAAAGUUUCCACAAGCAUAACCACACUAUAACACAUUGUAUUAUUAUUAACUACUUCGAUAAUAUAGUUAAGGGAAAAAUAAACUCUACCAAUCCUAUUAUGAUUUCAUACAGAUAUCUGGGAAUACAUAGCAGACUCACUGACCCAAGUGCAAGACUUGACCAGUAAAGUCCAGCAAACUAAGGACAACGUUGAAAAGCUUAAGACAAUAAUGGCGACCUGGUCUCAGAACCCCUUGUUUGAAAGGAAGGAGAAACUGGACAACCUUUUGGGACUGACCGACCGGCAAGAGGCUAUCAAGAAACGUUACAAUGAAAUAACCGCAGCAGGCAUUGAGGUUUUAGAUUUAAUGGAGGUAAUUCCAGAUGGUUCAAACAGUUGUAAAAAAAUGUAAUAAAUUUACGCUAAGUUUAAUUUAUGAAUGUGUGCAUGCCACCCUGUACUGUUUACUUGUAUUUUGUAAAGUUUGCUGAGGUUUUUUACGAGGUUUUUACGCCAUGCAAGUUUUUGUACAGUUUUCCACUGGAUUUAGAAAAGAAACAUUUUUGCACGAGACAUGUAUUCAAAACUGGUCAUGCGGUUUCAUUGAUAUUCAUUAAUACUAAGACAGCAUGGUAUUAUAGUAACUAUUUUGAGUAGUAAAUCAAAAUUAAGAACUGCUAUUAAAGUAAGUGCACUUUUAUUUAUAUUAACUAAUUAUAUAUAUUAAAUAUUAAAAUCAAUCAAUGAUUGUCAUUAGUCAUUAUUCCUAUAUAUUACAUUGGCUAAUAGAGUAAAAAGUAACAACAACUUUGUAAGUUAGACGAACUUCCUUAACUUCGUUAAUUUAAAUACAGGAAUCUGUAUUAUUUCAGCUGGCAUAAUUAACCAAAGAAUUAUGUCUAAUUACAUCUAAAUUGCUAUCAAAUUUGUCAUCUGACCAUUUUUAAAAAAUUUUUUUAUUGCUCUGUGUAAAAAACAAACCUGGAAAAUCAGAUUUAUAACAAGCAAUUUUGCUUUAAAAGAUGUGAUAUUAAUAUCCAUUUAUGAAUGCAGUAAACAUGCUUAAAUGUGCCUGCAGUGAAGGGGAGACUAUUCAUGAAAAAGUUAUAAAUUUAACUGUUUUUGACUUUUCAAUUUUUCUCUACAGCUUUUCAUGCUAUUGUACAGCUUUUUGGGACUUUUUAUACAGUUUUCUUUAUUCCAAAGGUUGGCAUGUAUGCUAAAUGAGAAGGAAAAAAUAUAGGACUCUCAUCUCAGUCUGUAACUUAAACAGUUUAUCCUGAAUGUGCUCUUUCUAAAUGAUAAUUUCUUAUUAUUUCCAGACAAACAGAGGACUUUUUGAUGCUGAUGUCAUGUCUGAGGAUUGGCUCAAGUACGUGGACUAUUUGGAUGCAAUGGUC